UUGCUGUUGCCGGUGCCGCGGCUGCACCGGCGGCGCGUCCGGCGGGGAGGGGAGGGGAGGCAGCGACUGCGACGGCGGGCUCUUGUCGAGCGCCCGGUGCGGAGCGGGAGCACCUGUGCCUGGCGGCUCCGCGCAGGUGUCCGGCCCUCUCCCCGUCCCUGCAUGAGCGACGGGGCGCAGCCGCCGCCGCCGGUGGCUCUGCCCGUACCCCCGGCGUGGGGAAGUUACUGCCCGCCUGCCAUUUUGGUGCAGCCCUCGCCUUCGGCCGAGGAUAUUCCGCAUAGUUAUUCAUAUCCAGGACAGAGUAUAUAAUGGGGAGAAAACUGGAUCUUUCUGGCUUGACUGAUGAAGAAGCAGAGCAUGUGCUCCAGGUGGUUCAGCGAGAUUUCAGCCUUCGUAAGAAAGAAGAAGAAAGGCUGAGUGAAAUGAAGCAGAAGUUGGAUGAAGAGGGUAACAAGUGCAGCAUCCUUUCCAAGCAGCAGAAGUUCAAUGAGCACUGCUGUAUUCGCUGCUGCUCCCCUUUCACGUUCCUUAUCAACAGCAAGCGACAGUGCCAAGACUGCAAGUACAACAUCUGCAAGAGCUGCAGUUCUUACCAGAAGAAGGAGAAGGCCUGGAUUUGCAGCGUCUGCCAGCAAGCAAGGCUCCUAAGGACCCAAUCUCUGGAUUGGUACUAUAAUAAUGUCAAAAGCCGCUUUAAGUGUUUUGGAAGUGCCAAAGUCCUGAAGAACUUAUACAAGAAGCAUAGACUGGAGAGUGGAGUUUGUCCUGAUGUAACAGAAGGAGGUUUCUUUGAAGGAAGCUUUGAAAAUGAAGGGAGCAUUUGUGGCAGUGACUCUACAUUCUACCGACAGACAGAAGGACACAGCAUGAUGGAUACCCUUGCUGUGGCCUUACGUGUUGCAGAGGAAGCAGUGGAAGAAGCUAUUUCUAAAGCAGAGACCUACAGUGACAGCCUGGACAAGCAGAACGAGGCUUGUUACUUGCAGGAACACAAGGAGGACCUCAUAGAAGAGCUUGCCACAACCAUUGUGCAGAAGAUUAUAAAGAAGCAGAAAAGCAAAACUGAGCAGGCUGAGGCUGACUUUGAAUGGCCUCCAUCCAGGAGCAGUGGCCUGGCAUCUGUUGCUGUCUCAGAUCAGAGUAUGCUGACUUUUCCAGGGAGCCGCAGGGGGUCCUACACAUUAUGGAGGUCUCAGUCUGCAUUCUCUCUGGCUAGUGAAGAUAUGCCCAGUAAAGGACUAGACCCUGCCUCAUCUGUGACUGAGGCUCUUUGGAGGCAGCAGAAAGGACAAUUCAGGAACCACAAGGAACGCAAGCUCUCUGCAUUACCCAGCUGGAAAAGUGUGGACAGGCUAAAUGAAACAAAUCCACCUUCUGUUUUUCAAAGCACUGACGGAAACUGGGUAGCUUUGCAGAACGUCACUUUGCCUCGGCCUCGAAUGCUCGCCAAACCAAAGAGUCAAGUAUUCAAAGCUUUGGAGAAUGAAUCCAACAUUGUGUCCGCCUAUGACGAGAUGGGCUCAGACAGCGAGGAUGACUACGACUGGAAUGUGGCCUUGAACAAGCUGCGCCGGAGACCUCGGCAAUUACCAGACGAUUUCUAUUAUACCAAUUCCCAGUACGGUACUGAAUGGGUUUAUGGCAAUGAUCAGUACCAGGCAGUGACCUCUCCUUCCUCUGGCUUAUACACCAAUACUGAGACACUGUUCUCCGAUUCUGAAACAUCUUCAGUAAACUCUUCCCAGGAAGCCAAAGGACCUAGCAAACUUCUCUGGUUACAAAGCAGAACUCAAAGUGAUAUGCCCAGAAUGGAAAAAAAACAUUUCCACGGAGAACUGGAUGUAAAUUUCAAUCCACAGGCAACCAGUUUGGAGUAUUCGGACAGCAGUGAGACGGAAGAACUUAAUUAUGAUUUGGAAAAGAGAUCCAGAAGGUGGAGAAAGAACAAAGCAAUUUCUGAAGAAUUAUGUGAAGGAAAAAAUCGCACAAAAACCAACAAGAUGAAUUUAAGUCAGGGUUUUGAUGAUUUAUCAGAAACUGAUAUAAGCAGUGAGGAUCAGCAUCAUAACAUCAAGCCUGACCUUGUGGAAGAGGAGCUUAAAUCCAGGUUAUUUCAGCUUGCUGCUAAAAUGAGUGACAAGGAAACAGAUUCUGGUGAAGAACAAGAGUCAGAACCUAUAACAGACCAUGAAAACCAAAAGGAGAGUUUGUCCUCAGAGGAAAAUGGCAGAAGUAUUCAGGAAGAGUUAAAGAAGUUUACAGGUAAGGUUUGCCCUCAAGAAUCCCAGGCCCCUGAGACCUAUGGGAGAGUCUGGAGCAGUGAAGACUUACCCUUGGUAGAGGAGGAUCAGGAAAAACAAAAGGCUUUUGAUCUUCAUUUAAAGUUGCAGUUUUUAUCCACUGUAUUGCAGCAGAAGUACUCUGCUGUCUCUCUCUGCAACAUAUCUACAGAGGUCCUGAAAGUCAUCAAUGCCACUGAAGAGCUGAUAGCAGAAUCCACUGGUCCCUGCGAUUUCCCAGCUGACAUUCAGGACAGAGGAAGAGGGACGUUCCCACUGGGGACAGACCCCAUCAGACUCGAUGAGCAGCUCACCACACUGGAAGAAAACGUGUACUUGACAGCUGGCACGGUGUAUGGGCUGGAGGGGCAGCUGACCAACCUGGAGGACGCCGCACGCAAGAUCAACAGUGUUACUGCAGAAUCUGAGCUGGCCGAUCUGGAGGAUCAGGUGGCCACAGCAGCCGCCCAGGUUCAUCACGCGGAGCUUCAGAUUUCAGAUAUUGAGAGCAGAAUAUCAGCUCUCACUGUUGCAGGCUUGAAUGUGGCUCCAUGUGUUCGCCUGACAAGGAAACGGGAUCAAAAGCAAACAAACCAGAUGCAUACAAUAGACACAUCAAGACAGCAGAGGAGAAAACUUCCAGCCCCACCAAUAAAAGGUGAAAAAAUAGAUGGUUCUCCAGUUACCACUGUCAGAACGUUUAACAGAAACUUCAUGCUUCAAGGAUCUCUAACACAAAGAGCUAAAGAGAGGAAAAGCACUGCCAAGGACUUAAUGGAACCUGCUAUAGGAUCUGCUGUGAUGUACUAAACUUACACUUCCCUACUGCCAAUAACACACUGCCUAAGGCUGUACACUAGAGUGCCUUUACUUAACAGCCAUUGUGUAUGUCCAGCUGAAAAUGGACCCUCAAGAACCCACAAUGCCUCAGUUAUAGGGCUUCGUUUGGAUACCUCACUGAGAAAGCUGUCCAAGUCUUCAGCAUUGUGGUCUGCUAAAGGAAACUCUGCCUUAAAGUUCUCAUAAGACUCUAGAAAGGAUGCUGAGUUUCAAAAGCAAGGCUCCACAUUUUAAGAUGCACUUUUGCUCCCCAUUGAUUGUACUAAAGUAUGUCGUCUUUAAACUGCAGUAUGUUUUUGUAGAUGAAGUCAAUCAUAAUUAUAGGCCAAUAUUUCAUAUAAAAAGAAAGAACAAAGCAGACCCGUGAUCCAUAUUUGCUGGCCUCUUACUAUUCACCUAGGCAUCCAUCUUGUCAAGCAAUAAGAACAACUCUGUGCAGCAUCUGCUGCUUUUCAGCUGCGUGGUGGGCGUGGAGAAUCAGUGUACCUAGCUCUGCUCCCAGUGAGUCAGUGGAACUUUUGACCAGGUUUGUAGAAGGAGAUGUGAUGCGCAAAGACUCCUCUGUUCACUGAGGGUACACUUGGCAGAGUUUAAUGUUCUAGCCCCAGAGCUAGGGCUUUUGCUCUUGGCAGCAGGGGAAACACAGAUGUCAUGUUGAACUGUGAAUUGGUGGCAGCACAUAUGGACAACGUGUCUGUUGAGUUACGAUCCUGGCGUCUGGAAAUACCUGAACACUGCUGUGAAACCCACACCUUCGUAUGUUUCAUUCUUCUUGGUAGCAUUGUCUGCUUGGUGGUGUCCAACCAUGCUGUAGUUCAGAAUAAAUUCUGACUAAAUCUUUAAGACUGGAAAAAGAAAGUAAAAGCAUUGUGGAUGAGACCUCUGCUGACUGGCUGGUGGUAGUAGGAUGGCUGCAACCUUCUGCAGUUUCCUCAUUCUGAGGCGGGGGAAAAUGUAGCCCGGAUGGCUCUUCCUUUACUAGUCUGUAGCCAAUGUGGAGUAGCUGGGGCCCAUCGCGGGUGCCAUAUGCAACCCACUACCAUUGGGCCCCUCUGAAUUGGACUGUGAAUAGUUAAAUUUCUCUCAUUUCUUGAGACCUUUGAAAGGUGAGCCAAACAGGAAGGCCCUUGAGCAGAUGUCCAGGAGGGAAGAUGCUGCUUACAGGGUGUGCCUCGCACCUUUUUUAGGGAGGACCAUGCCAAUUUGUGGUACUUUUUGCUCUGAGGAAUACAAAGGAGAGGUAGUUAGAGGAGGUGAUAGGCCAGUGAAUCCCUUAUCUUCCACACAAAGUGCAGAGCAGGUACCCAAAUGCAGACUGGGUUGAUGUGAAAUGUGCUGUGAAGGAGGGUAUGGGCUGGCAAGUUCCCCCUCAGCAUUAAGGAGCGGUGAGCUCUCCCGAGAGCAGCGGGUGCCAGGGACGGGGGAGAGCUGCUGCUUUCCCUGCGCUCCCAGCGAACACCCACUGGCAGAGUGCUGCACGUUACCUACCAUGCGGCAGGAAAGCAGUCCUCUGGGACACCAGGCCGUGAAGCAUCUGUGGUUGUGCAAAUAUGAGCAAAACUGGGCAAAUUUCCUGGCUAGGCUGGAUUUAGGGGGGCAGGUGGGGAAGGUAAGGAAUGGCUGGAUGGGACGGUUGGAAAAACAGUGCCAGUUGCAAAUCUGCCACCCGCAUUUGACAUCACGCUUGUCAGUAAACUAAUGUCCAGCUGCAUGUAAGGAACCCUCGGAAUAACUACAACCAUCUUCCCACCUUGAAUACAUAAGUGUCACUCCAUUCCUUCAAGGAAUUUCCAUCUGCCCAAGAUCUGACCCGAUGUGUUGAUUCUGCGUGAAAUUACGCCACCUUCUACUCUCACACAAUACUAGUUCUCUGGAACUGGUUUGCACAGAUGUGAGAGCAGAAUUUGGCCCACUCUGUUUAAUAUAUAAAUAUAUAUAUAAAAUGAAUAGAUUUUAUUUAUAUAUGCAAUCCAGUAAAGGAGAUUAAACAGAGUAGGAUGCCUAGUAAUUUUUUUUGUUAUCCCGUCUCCUCCCCAUUCCUCAACUGUUCUCGUGUAUGUGUACAAUACAUUCCCAGGUUCUGGUUUAUGCAGGUAUGCGUGUUAUGAAGUGUCAUUAAUGGUGGUUGGUCUACAUAUUUGUCUAAUAAAUAAUAACUAAUA